AUGGCGCUCAUUCCUUCCCAAAUCCUAAGAGUAGCUAUACUCCUGUCUUACUUCUCCAUCAUCUGCAAUUACAAAGCCAUAGACAUGCCCGCGCAUCAGACAUACGGAGGUAGCUGGAAGUUUCUGACGUUCAUAGAUUUGGUUAUCCAAGCUGUGUUCUUCGGAGUGUGUGUCCUGACAGAUCUUUCUAGCUUGUUGAUGAAGGGCACGGCCAGCGUGGAGCAGGAAAGGCAACUCCGGAAGCUGAUUGGUCUUAGGGACUGGAUGAUGGCCGUGCUAGCCUUCCCUGUAGGAGUCUUUGUGGUGACCAUGUUCUGGAGCCUGUAUCUCUAUGACAGAGAUCUGGUGUACCCGAGACUCCUAGAUAAUUUCAUACCUCAGUGGCUAAACCAUGGAAUGCAUACGACGGUGCUUCCUUUCAUCAUCAUCGAGAUGAGAACCACACAUCAUCUCUAUCCCAGCAGAGCGUGUGGCCUCCUGGCUGUGUGCAGCUUCUGUGUGGGAUACAUUCUGUGGAUGUGUUGGGUGUAUAAUGUGACGGGGGUCUGGGUGUACCCUCUGUUAGAGCACAUUGACACACUGGCCAGAGUCGUGUUCUUCUCCUGCCUCACAGCUCUCACCAGUCUCUACUACAUCAUGGGGGAGAUCCUCAACACCUACAUCUGGGAUUCCUCACAGAGUGCUUUAGAGUCAAAUAAGGAUAAAAGCGACUGAAUCCAGCGGCAGUGAGAUUUUGGAAGUGGUGAACGUUCCCAGCUCUCGUUGUUUGGACUGAGCAGUAAACUGACACAUGGAAAAGGAUGUUGUUAGACUCACACCUUGCUUGUAUUCUUCUAGUCCAGAUCUUCUCUUCAGAUCUUCAGAUCUCACUUUAACAAAAGCACAGCUCUUCUACACGAGUGACCGUGGGAUAACCGGACGCAGAAAAUCUCUGUACCUUUCUGUAUUAAUCAUGUGUAUUGAAUCCGAUGUAUUAAUCACAAUUCCUGUAUUUGUACAUGUUUAGCCCAUUAUUACAACUUUAUUAUUAUUAUUAUUAUUAUUAUUAUUAUUAUUAAAUAUAAUCCAUAACUCCAG